AUGGACCUGUUUUCAGCUCUGUCACUAGAAACCUGGGUCCUCCUGGCAAUCAUCCUGGUGCUCCUCUACCGAUAUGGGACCCAUACACAUAAACAUUUUAAGAAACAAGGAAUUCCUGGGCCCAAACCUCUGCCUUUUUUAGGCACUCUGCUGCAUUACUACAAGGGUUUAUGGAAAUUUGACAUGGAGUGCUAUAGAAAGUAUGGAAAAAGAUGGGGGUUGUUUUUUGGUCAAAUGCCUAUGGUUGCCAUCACAGACCCAGAGACGAUUAAGAAUGUGCUGGUGAAGGAAUGCUUUUCUGUUUUCACAAACCGGCGGGAUUUUGGCCCAGUGGGGAUUAUGAGCAAAGCUGUCUCUAUAUCUAAGGAUGAGGAAUGGAAGAGAUAUCGAGCCUUGUUGUCCCCCACGUUCACCAGUGGAAAACUCAAGGAGAUGUUCCCUGUCAUUGAACAGUAUGGAGACAUUUUGGUAAAGUACUUGAGGCAACAGGCAGAGAAAGGCAAGCCUGUUUCUGUGAGAGAAGUGUUAGGUGCCUACAGCAUGGAUGUGAUUACCAGCACGUCAUUUGGAGUGAAUGUUGAUUCCCUCAACAACCCGAAAGAUCCUUUUGUGGAGAAAGCCAAGAAGCUCUUAAGAUUGGAUAUUUUUGAUCCAUUGCUCUUGUCAGUAGCGCUGUUUCCAUUUCUCACCCAAAUAUAUGAAAUGUUAAAUAUCUCCGUGUUCCCUAAGGAUUCAAUAGCAUUUUUCAAAAAAUUUGUGGACAGAAUGAAAGAAAACCGUCUGGAUUCUAAGCAGAAGCACCGAGUGGAUUUUCUCCAGCUGAUGAUGAAUGCUCAUAAUAAUUCUAAAGACAAAGAGACUCAUAAAGCCCUGUCUGACACGGAGAUCACAGCCCAGUCAAUAAUCUUUAUUUUUGCUGGCUAUGAAACCACCAGCAUCACACUUUCCUUCGUCCUGUAUUCCCUGGCCACUCACCCUGAUAUCCAGAAGAAACUGCAGGAGGAGAUUGACAGGGCUCUGCCCAAUAAGGCACCUCCCACCUAUGAUAUCGUGAUGGAAAUGGAGUACCUGGAUAUGGUGUUGAAUGAAACCCUCAGACUAUACCCAAUUGCUAAUAGACUUGAACGAGUCUGUAAAAAGGAUAUUGAAAUUGAUGGUGUGUUUAUGCCCAAAGGGUCAGUAGUGAUGAUUCCAUCUUAUGCUCUUCAUCAUGACCCACAGCACUGGCCAGAGCCUAAGGAAUUCCGCCCUGAAAGGUUCAGCAAAGAGAACAAGGGCAGCAUUGAUCCGUAUAUAUACCUGCCCUUUGGAAAUGGCCCCAGAAACUGCAUUGGCAUGAGGUUUGCUCUCAUGAACAUGAAACUCGCUCUCACUAAAAUUCUGCAGAACUUCUCCUUCCAGCCUUGUAAAGAAACACAGAUACCUAUGGAAUUAAGCAGACUAGGACUUCUUCAACCUGCAAAACCCAUUGUUCUAAAGGUUGUGCCAAGAGAUGCAGUCAUAACUGGAGCAUGA